AUGAAAUGGAGUAAUGUGUAUGUGUCAGUGAUAAUGUUAACUUAAUUAUACAUAUAAUAACAUUAAAUUUUUGAAAAUGACUAAAAAAUAUGAAAUAUCUGAAUUCGCUGAUGCUUGUUGGCAAGAUGUUUUAUCGAAAAUACAGGGAGCCGCUGUGUAUAUUGAUCAUCCAGCAAUUGAGUGUUUACACUGGCUCAAAGGUGACAGAUCUUACUUGUCAUUAAUUGCUGCUGGUGCACACUCAGUACAUGAGAUGGCUAUGUUUAAUUUUCAAUACGUAAAAGUUCAUGGCACCGAUAAAGCUGUCAUCAUUACAACUUCCAUAGAUUCAGCAUUUUAUCACAGAACUUUAAAUAUUAUUAUUCAAAAAAAUACAUUUGAUACUUGUACCAUAAUCUGUGCAAUACAUCAUUCAAUUUUACCUUAUACAUCAGGAUUGGAGGGCGAUGACAAUAGUUAUGAAAUGUUGAAAAAAAACAUUUUAAGCUGUAUGAAUGAUACUGAAAUAUUAAAAAAACCAUUCGUAGAAAUUAUUUUUCGACCAAUAUUCAUUGCACCAAUUACGAAGAAUGUUUUUGUAGCUCCACCAAUUGAUAAAUUAUUGCCUCCAGUUGAUGGAAAUAUUUCCGAUGACUAUGUAACUAAUGUAAAAUAUUUUGUAAGCUUACUUCACAGUCUUUUUACACAUUUUAAUGUAAAAGAAGAUAUCUACUUUAUGGGUAAAUUUAGUGAAUAUGUUGCUGAAGAACUAAUAAACCUACCAGCUGCAAUUGAUAGAAGAAACCGGCUGAUAGGAUCAUCAGGAGUGACUUUAAUUUUAGUUGACCGAACUUUAGAUUUAUGUACAGCUACAAAAAAUAAUACGGAAUGUAUUUUAUCCAGAGUUUUAUCAACUUUGCCACAUUUACCUUGCCAUAAAAAUGAUGUCGCUGUAAAUAUGACUCCACUUUGCCCAGACUUAGCAGAAAGUCCAUUGUCAAUGACAGUUCCUGGAUGUAUAGCAACAGAUAAUAAUGAAGUUUUUAAUAUAUUAAUUUCUAAAAAACAAAAGGAUGUGUUACUCACAUUGAAUAAGUGGCUUUUUGAAAUGGCAUCUACUGAAAUUUUAAGUCUCAAAGCAAAGUUAUCAUUAAGAAUUAGCGCACAUAGUCUUGAAAAAUUAUUGCACAAAGUUCGUGACUCUCUAAAUAUUACAGAUCUUGCAAAAAAUAGUAAAAAACUUCAAAUCAUUAUGGCUGUGAUACAAGCGUUAAAAUCUGAAAAGACAGCAGCUUUAGAAUUAUUGAUAAGUUUGGAAAAAUUAAUCUUACAAAAUUUAGCUAUUAGUCGAGAAUCAACAACUACUUUAUCACAGAUUAGUAGUAUAAUAAAAACGAGGUCAACGAAAGGAUUAGACAUGGAGAAUCUUUUUGUUCUAUUGAUUCACAUUUAUUCACUGUCUGGUACAGAAAUCCAUUUCACAGAAAAUCAAGAAAAUCAAUUACGAAGUUCCUUAAAGAAUGCAAUUUUUGAAGAUAUUAAAAAAUGCAAUGAGAUUGUCACAACCCAUGAAGUUUCAGUAUAUCAACAAACAUUACUUCUUUUAGGUGUAAGUGAUAAAGAAGCUGCAGAAAGAUCAGCAGAAAUCAUUACAAACCACGUAAUGGAUGUGCUUCAUGCUGUUGCAGAACAACGAAAGAGUUUAUCUAAUUACGGAUCAAUGAUUACGAAAUCAUCACCUCAGGAAAUGGCUGAGUCGUUCGGUUUAGUCGAACGGCUUUUGAAUGAUGUAUUACAUCCAAAUAAACCUGAAAUAAAAGACCUACGGCAAAAAAAUUCAUCACUAAUUUCUGCAGGGAUAAGUUUACUUCUGAAAGGCAGAACAACUCAUCAUCCUACAGAUAAUCCUUGGAUACUUAUUUACAUUCUGGGUGGAAUAACACCCGAAGAAAUAAAAAUAGUUAAAGAAAUAAUCAAUCAAAAAUCCAAUAUUCCACAAAUAACAUUGGCUGGCUGCAGAUUACUAAAUCCUUCAGACAUUGGUGAUAACAUUCUUUGGUCGAGUAGUAUAAAUAUUUGAUAUUUGAAUAAUUUUUAUAAAAAAUAAUUUAAUAAAUUAGGUGCUAAUGUUA